AUAAAGUCUUCCGUCACCAUUGUUGUCAUCUUCCUCUCUCUGUCUCUCGUGAUUCUCUUUCGAGGAAGGAGACACGAUACACCGAUUCAUCAGCUUCCCCGUGCCAUUUCCGCUUUUCAACAAUCUUCCUAGAAUCCACUUUAAGAUUCCUUAGAUUCACUAACAACAAUCCCUCUGCAUGCGUUUCGUUUCUUAAAACCUAACUCUUUGCAAAUGGAGAUUUUGGAUUCUGGAGGCGUCACUAUGCCGACGGAGAACGGUGGUGCCGAUCUCGAUACGCUUCGUCACCGGAAACCGAGAUCGGAUUCUUCCAAUGGACUUCUUCCUGAUUCCGUAACUGUUUCCGAUGCUGACGUGAGGGAUCGUGUGGAUGUAAGGUACACGUAUCGGCCGUCGGUUCCAGCUCAUCGGAGGGUGAGGGAGAGUCCACUCAGCUCUGACGCCAUCUUCAAACAGAGCCAUGCUGGACUAUUCAACCUGUGUGUAGUAGUUCUUGUUGCUGUAAACAGUAGACUCAUCAUCGAAAAUCUCAUGAAGUACGGUUGGUUGAUCAGAACUGAUUUCUGGUUUAGUUCAACGUCGCUGCGAGAUUGGCCCCUUUUCAUGUGUUGUCUCUCCCUUUCAAUCUUUCCUUUGGCUGCCUUUACCGUCGAGAAAUUAGUACUUCAGAAAUGCAUAUCUGAACCUGUUGUCAUCAUUCUUCAUAUUAUUAUCACCAUGACCGAGGUCUUGUAUCCAGUCUAUGUCACUCUAAGGUGUGAUUCCGCCUUCUUAUCAGGUGUCACGUUGAUGCUCCUCACUUGCAUUGUGUGGCUGAAGUUGGUUUCUUACGCUCAUACUAACUAUGACAUAAGAACCCUAGCUAAUUCAUCUGAUAAGGCCAAUCCUGAAGUCUCCUACUAUGUUAGCUUGAAGAGCUUGGCGUAUUUCAUGCUUGCUCCCACAUUGUGUUAUCAGCCGAGCUAUCCACGUUCUCCAUGUAUCCGGAAGGGUUGGGUGGCUCGUCAAUUUGCAAAGCUGAUCAUAUUCACUGGAUUCAUGGGAUUUAUAAUAGAGCAAUAUAUAAAUCCUAUUGUUAGGAACUCAAAACAUCCUUUGAAAGGGGAUCUCUUAUACGGUGUUGAAAGAGUGUUGAAGCUUUCAGUUCCAAAUUUAUACGUGUGGCUCUGCAUGUUCUACUGCUUCUUCCACCUUUGGUUAAACAUAUUGGCAGAGCUCCUCUGCUUCGGGGAUCGUGAAUUCUACAAAGAUUGGUGGAAUGCAAAAAGCGUGGGAGAUUAUUGGAGAAUGUGGAAUAUGCCUGUUCAUAAAUGGAUGGUUCGACAUGUAUACUUUCCGUGCCUUCGCAGAAAUAUACCGAAAGUACCCGCUAUUAUCCUUGCUUUCUUAGUCUCUGCAGUCUUUCAUGAGUUAUGCAUCGCAGUUCCUUGUCGUCUCUUCAAACUAUGGGCUUUCUUGGGGAUUAUGUUUCAGGUGCCUUUGGUAUUUAUCACAAACUACCUACAAGAAAGGUUUGGCUCCAUGGUGGGAAACAUGAUAUUCUGGUUUACCUUCUGCAUUUUCGGACAACCGAUGUGUGUGCUUCUUUAUUAUCACGACUUGAUGAACCGCAAAGGAAAGAUGUCAUAGAUGUGUAUGUUCUGAUACUAAAACAGGGGAAAAUGGUGUGUUUUAAUCUUCUUACAAAUUGUCAAUUGAAGAAGUAAAGAAAAAUAAAGUGUGUAUCAGCAAAAGUUUUGGUAGUGUUACACAGACUUAGAAGAGAAAGAAUCAUGUUGAGUUAUGUUUCUCUUUAUCCUCCUUGUCUGUUCACUUGAUCUGCUGCUUCUUAUCUUUAACAAGAAGCCCAUAAAGGAAAGUGGGUUUAGAUGUUGGA